UAUUACGUCUCCGGCUCACCAAUGACGCAUUCUAGUUGAACCUAUUGUACGGAUAAAUCGAGUAAUACUCAUUUCUGUUUAUCUAUAAAAAAUAAAUCGUUCAGAAUAUAAUGACAAUGGAUCAUUCAAGUUUACUUUACAUCAGUGCAAUUGUAACUGUUUUACAGUACGCUCAAAGUGCUCCGAGUGAGUUGCCAAAGGUAAAUGUCCAAUCGCAAGGUCAGUAUACACAAGCUGUAUCAAAUAAAGGGAGCCUUGUAAAAGAAGAUGGCCUUUCUUCAAGAUUCCCAGCCAUUGAAGAUGAUCGCCUCAAUUGGGGAGUUAUGGUUGACCCUUUGAUUCACGAAAAUGAAGAAGCAUUUAACAGACCUAUAACUAUAAGAAGAAAAAUACUUAAAUCAAAUAAAAUCGCAAAAGGAACAGUUUUAAUGAAUGAAGAAAGGACACCACCACAGAAUAUUGAUACUAGUAAGAACAAUAAAGUUAAUAUUGGGCCCCAGUCGAUUGCUUCGUCAAGUAGCAAAUCCAAUACAGAUGUUGUUGACGGUUUGCAGAUUGCUAGAAAAGCCUUAGAGAAGCCAAAACAAGAUAGAACUGCCAUACAAUGUGAUGCAGCUAUUAUUUCUUGUUGUAGUAAUAAACGAGAGCUGCAAUGGCAAUGCCAAAUUGCAAAGGAAUGCUUGUCAAGUUUCAGUGUUUGUGAAAUACCAAUUAUACAAAGAUCCAUAGAUAAUAUGAUAUUCUUUUAUAUGGAUUCGUCUUAGAGUAAUGAAAAUGGGGCUGUGUAUGGCCUUUUAAUAAAAAUAAUAGAUGUGUUUAUACGUACAUAUUAAAUAGCAAUGUGAUAAGAACAAUAGAUAGGUAUAAUAAUGUAAUUAUUGUGUUAACGAACAAUUUAUAUUUACAAGUGAACCAGCACGACUACUCUUUGAAGUAUUUAAAGGGAUCAUAAUAGACGAUUAUAUAAAAAGCUUCUAUGGUAAGUAAAAAGUCAUGGAUUUUUUUUUUUCAUAUGUAACUGCUACAUUAUAGUAGAUACUCUCUCUAUUUUAUUUCUUUUUGUUGAUCUUAUUUGAUAAUUUGUUGAUUUAUUAUUAUGUUGUAAAUGUUGUAAACGUAUAAUGUAAAUUGGUAAAAUAAUUGUAAUUACAUAUAUAAAUGACUUGCUUCAUUAUAUAAUAUAAUUUAUUGUUCCUUUAUACGUCUACACCUAUCAUAGCACAAAAUAAAUAUAGAACUGAAUAAAAAAUGCAUUCAUUAA